GGUAUUCACCUGCUGGGUCUCAGGGCUGCAGACGUCCGACGGUCCUUUAAACCUCAAACUGGUCUUUAAUUGUCAAUGACCAGUUCCUUCGGAUCCGCUGGAGACACCUGUCCCAGAGUGACAGCGCCGCCACGUGGUUCUAAGAAUAACAGGAAAGUUUUGCUCCGUAUGGUGGCCGAGAGGGCUCAACACGUGACUAUAAAGAUAAACAACUUUCAUCGAGUUGACACGUGAUCAACACAAAGUCACAACAACAUGCAAAUUCAGGAACAUGCAGCAAGGAGACAAAACGGAAGUGAAGUGAUGAACCUGUCAUUAGUUCCAUCACCACUGACCUGUAGCACACUGCAAACAACUACAACCACAUAACCUCUAGGGGGCGCUAGGCGAGGUACUCCACAAUGAAUGGGGGUCCAAAAUAAAUACAUUUUAUUUUCAUCACCAAAUUAACAUUUGCAGCUCUAUAUAUGUUUGUUUAUUAUCUAUUUACAUUUUGUUCUUUGUUUAUUUGUAGUUAAUACUUUACAUUAGUUUGAUGUUUAACCCCCAGAUCCCUACUGUGAAUAUCGUCCUUAAAUAAUGUCAAAUCGCACACAACAAAUAAGAAUAAAUAUUAAACAUUCAAGAUAAAAUGAAUUAAGAUUGAUAAAUAAUUCGACCGCAGCCAUACUUUCUACUCUGAAACAUCCGAGGGGUACUUGAAUGCAGCAUCAUAAAAACACCAGUGGGUUGGUUUGUUUUAUUUUACUUUCCCACUCAAUCCAGGUGGGCGGUGCCUUCCCCAUCUUUCUCACCAGCACGGCCCCUGCACCGCCCCUCUUUCUCUCAUCUUGGACUUAAAUCGAACACAACCGUUACAAGCUGAUUAGUGCGGAGUGUGUGUGGACAAAAAUCAAUCAUGAGUCAUUUCAAUCAGCUGUGAGUGUGUGUGUCUGUGUGUGUUAGACCUGCUUCACACUCGGUGCACAUCGACCUGCAAACCACAGACAUGGAUCGACUCCUGCUCCUCCUGCUCCUCCUGCUCCUCCUCACCUGUCAGUGUCCGGCCGUCAGCGGACUGUUUGAGUGGCUGAGUCGGACGGAGGCUCCUCCAGCUCCACCUCCUCCACCAGCCGCUGCAGCUCCAGCUCUUCUGGCUAAAGACGCUCAGUUUGAGAUGACCACUGGCGACGAGAAGUUUUUGUCCGAGGCGAAGCAGAUGGAGCUCAGCCCGUUGGACAGCUGUCAUUACAAGGUGGUCGCCCGGCUGAGGUCGAGCUGUGAGAGCCUCUCCGAGGAGCAGCUGGCGAAGCUCGGCGUGGUUCUGUUCAACUGUCAGGCCGAGAGCGAGGGCCGGCAGACCUACCCCUGCACAGAGGAAAUGUCUAUUAAAGAGUGCACGGUGGACAUGGACCCGGACACGUGGAACGCUUAUCACAUCGUGAGCAACCGAGCUCGCUCCGUCUGCUACGCCACUCGCCAGCAGCUGUUCCGACGCCGAGCGGAGCACACGGUCAACGCUCUGAUCUCCACGGCCACCAGUCAGCUGGACGCCAUGAAGGACCUGAAGGAGGGCCAGUCGGAGCUGCGGGAGCUGACGGCGGCCUCCCUGGACAAGCUGCUGCAGGGCCACAGCUCUCUGCAGGUCCAGCAGGGGAAACUGCACGAAGGCCAGGGGCAGAUGGAGAGUUCACUGAAGAGCAACCUGGAGCGUCUGGGUCAGGAGAAAGCUCUCAUCGCCUCUGGACAGGAGCUGGUGGCUCAGCUCAUCCAGGGCAUCACCACCAGGAUGGAGAACGUGAGUGAACAUCUGCAGGUCCAAGGCUCCGAGGUGCAGGACAGCCACAAGGCCAUCGUCAGAGACCUGGCAGACGUCCGACACCAAGCUCAGGACAUCUACGAGAAAAUUGACCACAGUAUGCUGGAGUUCCUGCAGUACCAGGACCAGACCUCCCAGUACUACAGCGACCUGAUGGACAAACUGGAGCGUAUGAACAGCACGCUGGGCUUCAUGCUGCACUACAUCGAUAACAUGCAGAGUCGGAUAGAGGAGCGUCUGCACGUGAUCCAGGGCUACCUCGGCUGGGCAGGCCUGAGUCUCACGGCCAUGUGGACGUGCAUUGCACACACAGGCUACUUCGUGAUGUCUGCCGUCCUCCUGACCUUCCUGCGGUGUCCCGGUUUCUCUCGAGCGAUGCUGCUGCUCACCGUCCCUCUGAACGCCGUGGCCGAGGUCAACCAGCAGCCAGCGCUGGACCUCGGCAGCCUCACCCUGCUGCUGCUCACUGUGUCUCUGGGUCACUGGUUUGUGAAGCAGCUGUGGUCGAGCCUCAGUGGGAGGUCGGCUGUCCCGCUGCCUCUGGCCCCGUGUGACGUCGUGGAACCAGAGAAGCACCAAGUUCCAGCAGGUCACUCGUAUCCGGCAUCGUCUACACCUCAGAAAGAUGAAAUGGUCGGUUUCCUGGAGCCAGACGACCUCCUGCACCAGGACAGCUUCUUGUCAGGCGACCUGGGGCUGUCAGUGGUGUCUCCUCCUCGCAGGAAGCCGAUGCUCGAAUCCAGGUUCAUGCAUAUAAAAGGCACAUCCCUUCACUCCACUCCCAGACUGAUGGAACGUGUUUCUACGGCCCUGGUUGACGACAUACCAGUGAGGAUCCUGGGAGGAGUUUUUGAUGCAGUGAACGACUCACGUGAUUUAUUGAAUGACUCUCGAUGUGCCAGUCCAGCUCCGUCACUAGUUAGCAACAGCUCUGCGUCCGGCCGUCAGCUGUGCAAUGGGAUCACUAAGACGGGGAAGGCCUGUAAGAAGAGAGCCGUGCUGGGACUGGACUUCUGCAGAGUCCAUGAUGGAGGCCACGCCUCCUGGACUCACUCCUGAAAAUACUCCACUUCUUCCUCAGCAUGAAUUUCAUUGGUGGACGUUGCAUUUUCCUUUGUAGUUGCAUUCAAUUUGCUAAGCAGGAAAUAUGGUUACUCAUUUUUAAAAAUGUACUUUAUUAUUUACACUUUUUAAUGUUCAUUUUUAAGUUAAUAAAUUAUUUCUUAAC